UACAAUUUCCAAGAACUCCUUGAAGAGCUCCCUGCUGCAGCUAGAAUGCCAUUUUACAUGGACUUUGCUGAAGCAGGAUGUGGAUGUCAAUAACCUAGAGGACACAGUAGGGGAUCAGAUUGAGUUUUUAACAAAAAACAAAAUCACAUGUUAUAAUCUACUAUCCUAUGUAUGCUACCUAAAGAAUUCAAAUGAAGAAGCCCUGAGAAAUCUCCAAAAAGCUGAAGAAGAAGUGCAAAAGCAACAUCCAGAUGAAAUUGCCAAGAGAAGUCUUGUUACCUGGGGGAACUAUGCCUGGAUCUAUUACCACAUGGAGAGAUAUGAAGAAGCUCAAACUUAUGUAAGCAAAGUGGAAAACAGCUGCAAAAAGCUUUCAAGUACUGCUCGAUUGAAGAUUCAGCUUCCAGAGAUCUAUGCUGAGCAAGGAUGGGCAUUAUUAAAGUUUGGGCGAAAAUACUAUGAGAGAGCAAUGAAAUGCUUUGAAAAUGCUCUGAAGGAUGAACCCAAUAACCCAGAAUUUAAUAGUGGCUAUGCAACAGCAAUGUAUCGUUUGGAACAUCUUUCCUCCAGACAGCGUGAAGAUCUAAGCUUGUCCCUUCAGCCCCUGAGGCGUGCAGUCGAACUGAAUCCGAAGGAUACUUUCAUUAUGGCAUUACUUGCGUUAGAACUUCAGGACUUAGAGAAAGUUGAUGAAGGGGAGAAGUACAUUGAAGAAGCAAUGCAGAAAACCCCUCAUCUUCCUUAUUUAAUGCGAUAUGUUGCCAAAUUUUACAGAAGGAAAGGAGAAGUGGACAAGGCACUGGAGAUUUUGAAGAAGGGCCUAGUGUUAACACCAAAGUCUGCCUUUUUUCAUCACCAACUAGGAAUGUGCUACAAACUAAAGCUGGUAGAGCUGAAAAAGGCUACAAGAUAUCCACCCCAAGAGCAAAUGAAGGAACUCACCCAACUUUCCAUUUUUCAUUUUAAAAUAGCGGCAGACCUAAAGACAAAUUUUUUUUCUGCCAUUCUUGACCUAGCAAGAAUGUAUGCAGAAGGAAGGAUGUAUGAAGAAGCUGAAGAGGCGUUUCAGAAAGCAAUUCAGAUAAAUAUUCUAUUCGAUGAUGAUAAACAAUAUUUCUACUACAAUUAUGGCAAUUUUCAGCGCUUUCAUAUAAAAUCAGAAUCUGAAGCCAUUAAGUAUUACCUAGAAGGGCUGAAAAUUGAAGAAGAUUCUGAUGCAAGAGAUAAGUGCAAAAAUGCUCUGAAAAAAAUGUUGGAGCAGAGAAUUCAUAAGGGUUUAGGAGAUGCAACAGAUUAUGGUACCCUUGGACUUGUUCAUAAUCUAGACGGUGAGAAACAUGAAGCAAUUGAGUGCUAUGAGAAAGCUGUUACAUUGUGUCCUGACAAUGAAGAAUAUCUGUGUGCAUUAUAUGAGCUACGACUUUCCAUCUCAGGCUAA